AUGUCAUACCGAUGUUCUUGUCCGGCUUGCACGUCACACGAGUUGUUAAAUUCGUCCUAUAGACCAGGUCCAACUAUCACCCGGGUAAAUAUAACAACUGCCUACUUGGCCCCAGUGCCACCAACAUCGACAUCAACGUCAUUAGCAUCACGUCCCUUCCCAGCCCCUACAACGGGCCCCUACUAUACGCCCAAUCCUCACAUAAAAUGGAUCCCCACACCCUCUUCCCUCAUUAUUCCCCGCCCAAAGAAUCAGCAGAUAUAUCACCAACUCUCCCAUUCAGCGCCCCCAACAUUUCCCAACUUCUCCCGCCUCCCUCCUGAGCUGCGCCUCAAAAUCUGGGCCCUCUCCACUUCCAACCCCCGGGUGAUCGAGCUCCGCACUUGGAAACCAUCCAACCCUUCCUCCCCCCUCAAAAUAAGUGCUGGGCCUCACUCCCCGCCUCCAGUCCUGCAAGUGAACCGUGAGUCCCGUCUUGAAGGCCUAAGGGUCUAUCAGCUAGUGGAAGUUGGCGUGUCCGUCUGGGAAGGUUACGAUGAAUCAGAGUUAUACAUUCCCUGGCGUUAUCACCCUAAGAAUGAGUUUGCAGAGCGCGAAUACCGAGUUUGGGCACCACGGCGGGGGACCCUCCAUCGGAGGAGGAGGGCAGGGGAAGUGUUGGAGAGAGUUAUGCCAUAUUCCCCACAGCGGGUUUAUUUAGCGUAUGAUAGGGAUAUCAUCUACCUCGGUCCUGAAUUCUCCCCCCAACACCUAGAAAAAUUCCUCUGCACCGUCUCCCCCCAGGAGCUGCCGAGGCUGCAAUACUUAGCACUGGACCGCAAGCUCUGGCUUCGAGCAGCUGCCCCUCACGGGACUUGGGAGCCCCUUCGUAAUUCUCUUUAUGCGUUAAGGAACCGGCCGAUUAAGGAAGUGUACAUUGUUCCCGAUGACGAGAGGGGGAAGUUGGAGGAUCAAUGGUAUUAUGGAAAACAUGAUUUAAUUCUAAAAGAGCCGAUGUGGAAUUAUACAUUUAGUGGACGGCCCGCGCAGGCGAAGACGGUGCUAGAUAAUUUAGGCGACUGGUUUGAGAGGGUGUGGGGAGAUGGAGAGGAUGCUGGGAAGGGAAAAGAGAUCCAGGGUGGGAACGAUGCGCCGAAGGUUGGUAUCAAAAGUGUACGGAGGGCCGGAAAGAGUUUAAGUGAUUAUAAGGAGGGCAUGUGGGAGGUGCAGAAGGAACUUGGGGAUAUGGUGGCUUGGAAGAUGUGGGUUCCUCCAUCUACGAAUGCUGAAAGCACAUACGUUGCUGGCUAA